AUGGACGAUUUUUCGCACGCCAUCCUUACCCUUGUUCUAGUCCUCACUAUUGGUGGGACAGCAGCUUUGUUACCCGCUUCCUCAAAAGAGAGGUCACCCUAUUGGAAUAGAGCAAUCAACAAUUUACCUAACGGUAUCAUAAUUCCUAUUGUAUACGGGUGUCCACGUCUGGCAGACCCGAAGAACGGUGAUGUAACAGUCAAGGGGAACAAAGCUACGUACACGUGUGAUGAUGAAUACUCAUUAGUUGGAAGGUCGGAGAGAACAUGUUUUUGUGCAAAGUGGUUUGGCAUUUCUCCCGUCUGCGUGGCAAAUGGUCAUUGGGGAGGAUGGUCGGAGUGGACGUUGUGCACGCGUUCGUGCGAUACGGGAGUGCAAAGAAGACACCGCGCAUGCGUCUUGUCCGACUCUCGCGGCACGCCGUGCAUCGGCAAAACGACAGAAGAACGGAACUGCAACACGGGAGCAUGCCCAAAAUGUCCGUCUCUAAUUGAUAAAGGAAUUUACACUGGACCACUAGACAUUGACAUCAAUUCUGAAAAAUCAACGGCCACUCUUACUUGCACUAGAGGCUACAAGCUUGUAGGACAGGAAAAGAAUGAACACGACUGCUUCGACUAUCAGUCGAUGAGCAGACCGACGUGCAGGCUAGUUUGUCCUGAUUUACCGAACCCCGAGAAGGGAAUAGUGCGAAUAUUCGACGACACGGCCGUUUACGAAUGUCAUCCGGGAUUUAGAAUCAUCGGCUCUCCGCGCAGACUCUGUCGAGACGGUGUAUGGACUGGAGCAAACCCGAAUUGCACCAAACUUUUAUCUACUAGAGGCAUCAGUCCCGAAAUUCUUUUCGACAAUAGAGAGGGCUAUGAAUUCUUAGGACCCCGGAUAUUGAUUCCUAACUGUCGUGUUACGGCCACGUUCAACUAUCGAGUUGUUACACAACUAGACGUACUAACUCUUGAAGCAACUCUGUUCGACGUUUUUGACAACAGUGGCGAGGCUAUUGAACGAGCUGCUGCAAAUGCCAUCCUGUUGACGAGCACGAGUGUCACUCAAACGGGUUGUGUAAGCUUAGACUGCGGGAGUGGAGAAACGAUUGUUGGUGUGGUGAGACUCGGUGUUGCUCUACCACAGUCGGAAGCAUUAGUGAUGAGCAACAUACAGUUUAGCACAACGAAAUCAUGUGACGCUCGUUUGUCGGCUGGUUUGUGUCCCACCGUGGUGGAUGGCGACAACAGUACUAACCAGAGAUGUUAUGAUGCUGAGUGUCUAACAGACGGCGAUUGCGAUUCGUCUCUUAGCAGGUGCUGCUUUAACGGUUGCUCCCAGUCGUGUGAGGUCGCUGAACGAGAAGAAACAAACGAUAUCGACGAGUGUGUUAGCUCUCCUUGUCUCAACGGUGGAGUCUGUGAAAAUGUCAUUUCGACGUACCUUUGCAUCUGUUUAGAGGGUUUCACAGGCGCGAACUGUGAAGAAAAGAUUGGAACUCUGAGAAGAAGACGUCGAGAAAUCGAUGGAACUCUUCAGGGAAACUGCGACAACACGACAAGCAGUGGAGAUUGCGGCUACCGCAACUCUGGCUGCUCGGUCGAGCCGUGGGUGCUGACAAUAGCAGACGACAGCGACCAAGGCGGCGACGUCGAGCUCGCGCCGCUGCAGUACGACCGAGUUACGGAAGACUGCUGGUUUCACACGUGCAUACCGUGCCUACUAGCUUCGGGAUUCACCGGCCCAUUACCGACCACGGUACCUCCGGGCAUGAGAAAAAAGAGAGACUUCGAGGCGGAAGGAAAAGCAUUUUGUCUGACGGGAGGAACCACCAGUCCUAGCAUGGGAGAGUUUAUUUCUGAUGACACACAGAUGUUGAUUUCUGGGCAGCUGGUGGAAGACACCGAACUUGUCAGUUUUGACUACAAAAUGCGCAGCGGAGGAAUUCAUCACAUGAUAGUCUACGCCAGGUGCCUAGGUCUCCCGCACUAUGACAUUCAAAUCGGUCUGGCUACAACCGUCCACGGAAUUCUACAUCUCGAUGCCAACAUAGCGAUGAGUGGACGCCUUUGCGUCAGUCUGCGACCUUACAUCAACAGCGUUCCCGGAUAUUCGACAAGCACCUGCAGUUUGUUUCAGGUGUACAUUCAGGCUCUGGCUAUUGGAAGAGAAAUCUGUAUUGAAGACAUACAGUUUAACUCGAGAGAUGUGAUCGCUCAAUCCGUCUGCCCUAACGUCGACAACGAGGUGUGAGUGAAUCGACUCUAGUACUUCACGUGUACUGCUAGUUCUAUCGUUUGAUUGAUGUGAGUCUUGUAUCUCUAUAACUUGCAUUAGAGCUGUAGCAGAAGUUUUAACUAGGCUAUGAGUGCUGAUGUUUUCUUGCAUAUUAAAAUUUG